AUGGACGACAGCACCAUCUACAACGACUCCCGGCACAAUAUCUUGAGCUUUACUGACCACUCAUCGGAAGGGGUGUCGCCUUUGGAACAAGAUGUCUUGGACGAAUACGAGAGGUUAUCGAGGAACAUGAAGGAGCUCUCGUCUACGCUGGCCGACCUCUCCGGCGGACCCAUCACGCUCGAAAUCGCCGAGGGCCUUCGAUUGUUGGAGCGCAAGGUCGCCAGCGUCUACACGCUGAUGAAGGCGAGUGUGUACAGCAUUGUGCUGCAACAGGGGCAGGUCGAGGGAGGAGACGAUGCUGCCGGCGCCGCAGGCAGACCGGAUGAUGAUGGGGGAGAGGCGGCCGAAUAA